AUGGAAAGCAUUAUGCGUUUAGACACAAAAGUUACUGAGUUUGUUUUAGAGGACGCUUUAAGUCUUGAGCAAGUUUGCUAUCUUUAUAAUUCUCUUCACUCACACGGCUACUGCAUCUAUGAAUUAGAAGAAUAUGUCACAAAAAUCAUUGAAGAUUUUAGCACAAAACUAAAUCCAAAAGAAAUUUCUCUUCUCAUUAAGGGAUUGAAUUAUUGACUUUAUUGGAAAAUUUAG